AUGCGGUUAUCAAGAGAUGAUCCUGGCUUACCGCUUUACCACACAGACACUGCACGUGGCUACACCUUUCGCAGAAUAAGAACUCGAGCCCGUCAUUGGCUCUCAUCGCGAAGUAUCGGAGUCAAAGUAUGCAUCGCGUUCACUCUCUUGUUUGCACUUUUCGUUUUGGUGAAAAUUAGCAGUGGAAGGAGGUCAUCCACUCAAGAGUCCUACAUUUCGAAUCAGGAGGAGAUUAUAAUUAACGAGCAAGUCAUUUUCGCAAAAAAUGAGAGAGUAGAUAAAGCUGAGAAAAAAAACGACGACUUCAACGAAGAUCAUGUUGACUUGGAAAGACUUCCCGACUCUGACGACAAGCUUCAAGAUGACAAAAUUGAACUAGCGGAAAAACAUGCGAAUGUUGUCAAGUUCACAGGACCCACCAACGAUCGUCAACGAGCAGUUGUGAAAGCAUUCCAGCACUCGUGGCUUGGUUACAAAAAGUAUGCAUGGGGACACGAUACAUUGAAACCAGUUAGCAAGUCUUACAAUGAUUGGUUCGAUACCGGAUUGACUAUUGUGGAUGGACUGGAUACGGCCAUUGUUAUGGGUCUAGAAGAAGAAGCCGCUGAAGCCACCGAUUGGAUUCAGAAUAAGCUAACGUUUGAAAAGGACAGAAUGGUCAAUUUCUUCGAGUGCACAAUUCGUGUUCUGGGAGGAAUGAUGAGUGCUUUCUAUCUGACUGGUAAUCGGAUGUUUCUUGAGAAAUCUGUUGAUUUGGGUGACCGUCUGCUAUCUGCAUUCAAAUCGCCGUCUCCAAUUCCGUAUAGUGAUGUCAACUUGCUCAAGAGAACUGCAACAAAUCCACAAUGGGGAGCAGACUCAUCUCUAUCGGAAGUCACAACUGUCCAACUGGAAUAUAGAGCUUUGUCUAGAGCCAGUGGCAACAGCACUUACGAAGACUUGUCGUUCAACGUCUCAAAGCAUAUUCACAAGAUUGGAUGCGAAACUCACGAGGGAUUGUGUGGAAUGUUCAUUAAUGCAAACACGGGAAAUUUCAAAAAAGGCGCCACCAUCACAUUUGGAGCAAGAUCUGACAGUUAUUACGAGUAUUUGUUCAAGCAAUGGAUCCAAACUGGAAAGACGAUAGACUGGUUGAAAGAAGAUUAUGGAAAGGCGAUGACAGCGAUGGAAAAGUAUCUUUAUAGAAACUCAGAGCCUAAGAAGAUGUAUUUCAUUGGAGAAUUGCUGAGCGGAGAAACAUAUUCACCGAAAAUGGACCAUCUCGUCUGUUUUAUUGCGGGGACAUUGUCACAAGGAAGUAAAAAUGGUUUCCCACAAAAACAUAUGGAUAUGGCCGAGAAGAUUGGAGAGACCUGCCACAACAUGUACGAUAAUCCGACCGGGUUGGGACCAGAAAUUGCUCAUUUUAACAUGAUUCCUGGGAAAGAAGAUUUAUAUGUGAAGCCGCUGGAUGCUCAUUGCCUACUCCGACCAGAAGCAAUCGAAGGAUGGUUCUACCUUUACAGAUUUACGGGUGACAAAAAGUAUCAAGAGUGGGGAUGGGCUGCGUUCCAAGCUAUCGAGAAGUACGCGAGAAUUCCAACUGGAGGAUAUUCAUCAGUCGUGAAUGUGAAAAAAAUCGAUGUUAAAUAUAGAGAUUCAAUGGAGUCAUUUUUGCUUGGCGAGACAUUCAAAUAUCUUUACUUGCUUCUCGGAGAUGACCAAACGGUUUUGCCUCUUGACAAAUGGGUUUUCACUACGGAAGGCCAUCCAUUGCCUAUUUAUGAUCAUUAG